AUGUCGCCCGUCGCCGACAAAGAGGUCGUCAUCAUCGGAAACGGGCCAGCCGGACUAGCCCUGUCAUCAUUCCUCUCCGGCGUUUCGCCUUUCUACUGCGGCCCGCAUCCGGAUCCCGUGCUCCACGAUCGGCUCUCCGAAAAUGCGCAUCUUUCGCUGCUCGACCAGGAUCUGUCGUGGGUGUCCGGCUGGGAUGAGCUCAGCUCGUCGCUGCGCCCGAUCAACGCCUUCUACGACCAGCUCGUCCGGCCGGCCGCUGAUCUUGGUGAACUACGACCGUCAAGCCUCGAGUGGCGGUUGAACCCCGAUAAAGCCGUUGACCACCUCGUCCUCGGCGACACCGCCAUCGGCGGAUCCUGGAACGGGUACGAUAAAGAGAUGGCUGCCGUCUCGUAUCACAGCUGGCUGAAUUUGCCCGGUUACUCGAUCGGAGAAUGGCUAGGAGACGAACCGCCAAUGUCUCGAAUCCCGGCCGUCGUCUACUGCAAGUACAUGGAGAAGUACGCGAAACACCUCGGCAUCCGCAAACAUUUCCGCCCGCACAGCCGAGUCACCAGCAUUACGAAAGAAGGCCACCUAUGGCGAAUCAAGGGCGCCUUCCUGAAGUGCGGCGUCAAGUGGCAGACGUUCAACGUGACGGCAAAACGGGUCGUGAUGGCUUGCGGCAAGACCAAGAUCCGGAGGUUACAGGUUGAGGGCGAGGGCGAGUCGAAGAACAUUGCCUACGACAUGAAAUGCUUGCGGAAAAAGCUGACAAGGUUGUUGACGCAUCGCAGUUGCCCCUCGGACAUCCGGGUCGUUGUCGUCGGGGAUGGGAUCUCCUCCGCUGAUAUGGUCCACUUCUGCCUUUCUCAAGGAGUACGUGUCCUCCACGUCAUCAAGAAGAGCGAGAAGCAGCUACGAGCGACAGUGAUGUCCCGCCUCUCCGCCAGCCACUACCCCGAAUACCACCAGGUUCACCGGCUAAUGACAGGCCGCGAAACUAACGAGCUCUACGAACGGCGCACCGACUGCACGGCCACCCGAUUGUCCGAUGGAUGCGCCACCGUAUCCGGAAAGGGCAAUGGGUUCGAGUCGGAGGAGCCGUACAACCUGCUCGGCGUGUGCAUUGGCCGCGAGUCGGACGGCGCGGGUCUGCUCGACAAGAAGUACACGUUUGACGGGUAUCAAUGCCGGGAAGACGCCACGCUGCUCUCGGUCGGCAGCUUCGCGGGCGAUCACUUUGUCAGAUACCUUGUCGGUGGCUGCUUGGAAGUGGCUCGCGGCAUCCAUUCAGCUCUGGGGACACCUCCUUCAGUGCUCGACGCCGACCCAGCGGCCCUUGAGCGCUCGUUCUGCUCCUCCUCCUCCAACUCUUCCGACUCGCUACCGUUUUGU